AUAGGAAACAACGUGGCGACACGACAGUGCAUUGACAGUGUACGAUAGUGUAUGAGUAUAGCGUAUGGAAUUCGUGACGUGUGAUUCUUAUUUAAUUUAUUUAUUUUUUGUACGUUUGAAAAUCGCGAAAAGAAAUUAAUUCGUGGAUAACGUGAAAAAGAAAGAAUUAACAUUGCGAAGCGUCGCUCCGUUAUUCCUUGGCAGAACACAUCGCGCAAGCAAGAAGCAAAGGUUAUGUCUGCAAUGAUCGCGUCGGUGAUAUUUUACGACUGUUAGCACAAAUUAUUUUGCCGUCAUUGCGAAAAUAACUUAACUGCUGAUGCAUUAUCGGGCAUCGUCGUACGUAUUCAUUCGCCUGCGAUAUGCGAUGACUAACCUAAACGCAAAUUCUAACCUAACGAUCGGCAAUAACCUUGAAAAUCUCCAUUAAAGUGUCAACGUGUAAACGUAAUACGAGUGAAUAUCUAUUGCUGAUUGUAUGAGAAUUAGAAGAGAAAAUAUGAAGAGAAAAUUGGAAAAAGGAGACCGUGUUAUGGAGGAUGGAGGUGCCACUGACGUGAACAAUGCCCAGGAACCCUCUGAUUUGCGCGGUGAUGAGAAAAAUAUCGCAAUUCUAUUUUUUUUGUAUUUAUUACAAGGAAUCCCACUUGGAUUAUGUGGCUCAAUUCCCAUGCUGUUGCAGAACAGAGGAGUUUCUUAUCGGCAACAGGCAGAAUUUAGUUUUGUACAAUGGCCAUUUUCAUUAAAACUUUUUUGGGCACCUAUAGUGGAUUCCAUUUUUUCUCAAAAGUUUGGUAGAAGAAAGACUUGGUUAAUACCUACCCAGUAUCUAAUGGGCAUGUUUAUGUUGCUUCUGUCCAAUUACGUUGAACAUUGGUUGGGCAAAGAGCAUGAAAAACCUAACAUUGAAAUGCUAACCGCAUUGUUUUUUGCCUUGAACGUACUUGCUGCGACACAGGACAUUGUAGUAGACGGAUGGGCGCUUACGAUGCUUAAGAGGUGCAACGUUGGAUAUGCAUCUACUUGUAACAGUGUCGGGCAAACGGCAGGCUACUUCAUUGGCUAUGUCUUAUUUAUUUCACUGGAAUCUGCAGAAUUUUGUAAUAGUUAUUUACGAUCAACUCCUUCUGAUGAAAGCAUACUGACUCUACCUGGAUUUCUGUAUUUUUGGGGCUGGACAUUUAUUGUUACUACAACGUUUAUCGCCUUAUUCAAACGUGAAGAUAAAGGUAGAGUUUUAAAGGGCGAAGAACUCAAUAUGGACAUUAAACAUGCAUACAAAUUGCUGUGGAAUUUGGUUAAAUUGCCGGCUAUAAAGACUACAAUUAUCUUUCUUUUAACUGCAAAGAUCGGUUUUUCGGCAUGUGAUGCUGUAACUAGUUUAAAGCUCAUAGAAGCUGGUUUUCCCAAGGAAAAACUUGCUUUUAUGGCUGUACCUAUGAUACCAUUACAAAUAAUUUUACCGUUAAUGAUAUCGAAAUAUACUGCUGGGCCCAGACCUAUGGACGUUUAUAUGAAAGCCAUGCCUUACAGGCUGGCUUUCGGGUUAAUAGCAGCGUUUUUGGUGUGGGUCACACCGUUCAUUGUAUUAAAUGGACUCGCUCCAGCUUACUAUUUCGUUGUAUUAAUAGCCCUCUAUUUUAUACAUCAGAUUUGUGCAAGUAGUAUGUUCGUGGCAUCGAUGGCUUUCUUCGCGAAAGUGAGUGAUCCGGCUGUUGGUGGCACUUACAUGACAUUGCUCAAUACUUUAUGCAAUCUCGGUGGAAAUUGGCCCGCCACGGCCGCACUUUGGUUUGUCGAUCCUUUAACAUUUCGACAAUGCAGUACUGAUUUUACAAAUGAUUGUAGCACAAUUACAGAAAGAGAGAUCUGUGCGAAUACCGAUAACGGUGUUUGCGUUACGCAGCUAGAUGGUUAUUACAUAGAGAGCAUUCUCUGCUUAAUCAUAGGCUUCUCCUGGCUUAGGUGGGGUCGUAGAAAAAUUAAUAUAUUACAAGGAAAACCAAUGUCCGCUUGGAAAAUUGUGCUUACUCGUAACAACAGAUGUUUCAUAGAAAUUUUGUAAAAAUUGAUGAACGUAACACAUGCGACGUACGUUUAUACUGUAAAUAUAUGUGAAAAUAUUUUACUUACGUAUGAACUAAUGGAUAUUUAACCAAGAUGUUAAUAAAAGUUUUUUGUAUAAAAAGUUGAAAUCGAUGUACAUGCGCAUCGAGUUCUUUUAUACCUGUCUGAAAAAAUUGUGAUUUAGGCAAAUUAUGAAGGUACAUUAUCAAACAUGAUAACCGUACGUAUAAAAUUACGUUUUUUUAAAAUAGGUAUAGCUACACUUUUAAAUAUGGAUAAUAGAAAUGAAUCACUCGCAUAAAUUUUUAGGACGGCCAAUGUAUUGCACAAGGACAAUAUUGCACGACAGAGUCAAUCAGAUGUGUUACUGUGGAAUCAAUCAUUUGUAUCACUACGAUGAAAUUAAAUUGUUUUUCAUGCAAACAUCUUACGUACGUGCAGGAAUCUGUAUUAAUAUCACAGAUACAGAAUUGCUUAUUAAAAGAAUAUUUUUAUGAACGAUUAAAUCAAUUCUCAACAGUUUAUUUUGUUGGAAAUCAUACUACAGUAAUUAUAACGUAGUAAUUGACAGAAUAUAUCGUUUGUACUUCGCUUUGAGGAAUUGCAUUUUAUCGCUCGAUAUUUAUCGCUUAUUAUUAAAGAGAUAUAAAUGUCUCUUAAUAAAUAAAUUCCUUUUAAAUAACAAAUUAUUCGUCAUUUGAGCACUCUUAUUUUAAAACAUUUUGACAUUUUCUUAUAUAACAUUUGUCGUUGGUAUACAUCGAUGUUAAACAUAUUGUACAAAUACUUUCCAUGUAACAUCAUACAUUUAUACUUCUCACGCGCAAUACACGUUUAUGCAACACACAUAGAUUAUGAACUACAUACGUAACAAAAUAUAUUUUAUGUAUAGACACAAUAUAUAUUUUUAGUAUAUAUCCAGAGA